GUAAGUGUCCCCAACGAUAAACAAAGCUAGCUCUGUCAACUUUCAAAAUGGCAGGCACACCAAGGGUUACAUGCUGGAGUAUCAGUGGGGCAAUUUUGAUCGCUUUUUCCACUGUAUUCGUUAUAUUUGCUUCGGCAUUUCCCUACUGGCAAGAGAGAGAACUGACGAGAGAAGCUGGUUUCCCGCAUGUGGGUUUGUGGGAGAUUUGCUUCAGGGAAGACGGGGAGCCUGCUCCUCCAUGGGCGAAUGAUGCCCUGACCAAGCGAUACUAUGGGUGCAACUACGUUUUUGACAGGGAGCUCCGAACUAUUCUUCACUGGAUAUACCCAGGUUGGUUCAUCGGGGUGACAUUUCUGGUGACAUUGGGUCUCCUCCUGCAGCCUGUGGCCUUCAUCAUCGACAUUCUCUUCUUUGUACGAGUGUGCAGCGCUCACCUUGAGCACGUUCUCGUGGGGGUCGCGUUUUUGCUGACCACAAUCAAUGGUUUCACCACAGCCAUUGCUAUAAUCAUCUUUGGCAUCAAGUCCGACACGGAUCAAUAUUGGAUACCGGAUCCGAAGUCCAGCCACCUUUCAUACUCAUUUGCCGUGUGUGCCUUCGUUCCAGUACUGUCUUGGCUGGCUGGAAUGUGUCAUGGUGUGGAAUUCUUGAGACUCAAAUCAAUCAGAGAUCGUAAUGCACGGGCAAAGGUCUAUGCAAGAGGGGAAUUUGGCAGAUAUUGAAAAUCUUUUUCGUUUGCAAAGUGUUGUGAGAGAAGAUGUGCUGCAAUUUGUAUUGUUGCUCAAUACAGGUUAAUAAUUAAUUUAUAUGCCUCAAGUGUUGUGCAUAAAUAAAUAUGAGAGUGAACUUACUUGUGUUUUCAACUGACAGUACAAGAGGGUAGCUUGAAGUAGACCCUACUGAAUAGGCUAAAAGCACCCCCAUGGAAGUGUGCAAAAUUUAAGUGGUGUCACAUAACCCAUUUUUUGCACAACAUGGACCAGCUGCUAGGGUGUAGUGGUUUUGUGCCUAGCUGUCACACACAGAAGACAUAUGUUCCAUUCCAGUGUGGGGAGAAUUGUUAUUGAGUAUGGUAGUUCAUAUGUCUGUUUUUCGUUUGAAAAACUGUAUCCGUCUCAGCCGGGGUGGCCAGAGAGGCAUGGUUUAAGCUGGCCUACUAUUACUGAAUGAUCUAAAUUGUGUUAAUGAAGGCAAAAAAAACAUGCCUCCAUUAAAAAAGAAAAAAAUCCCACAUCAUAGUACAGUCAAGUUGUUAGAAUUUUUAAAACAUUCAAGCUAAAGGGUUUAAAAAUAUGGCAAAUAAAGUGUUGGUGCUAAAUUGUGAAGUGUUGAUUUUAAAGUUCACAUAAAGUGUAUAAAGAAUGGCCAGCUGCUAGCGAUAUAUUAAUCCUGUUGAUUGGGCCUAAAACAACUGCAUAUUUUUUUUUACGAAAAAACUUUGAGAACGUGUUACCGCUUGUCUUUGGGUAACUCACCUAUCCCUCAACAGGCUGACACAUUGUUGUUUAUGUUGUUUUAAAGUUUAGGGGCUUGUGGGUAUCUCGGAGAAAACACAGCUCAAAUUCUUAAUCUUGAGUCAGGAGGGGUUUUUUUUUUUUUUUUUGGAUUCGUUUUUGUUUCUUUUUUUUCAUAGAGCUGAUGCUCUUUUUUAGAGGUUUCUACCGAUCUGUUAUAAUGGAAGUGCAGCUGAAACUGUUGAAGAUGGCCUCCCAUUUUGUCUAGGAGAAAAAUGGCUGUCUUUCACAGUGCCAUUACAAUAAUUAUUUUUUUACCCAAAGGGGGGGGAGGGGGUUGUUUGAACAGAUGAUUGUCUCAUACAGAUGGAUGUUUGGGCAGGUUUGACUAUUGUAUGAACUUACUUACUACCCAUUAUGCCAUCUGGUGUUUAGGGCAGCAACAAAGGAUCUCCAGCUCUGUCUGUUUUGGGCCAUCUUGGUCAGCGUACCCCACGAAUGAUUCCAGGAUUUCAUUUCAGACUCUACUGUGCGUCUCCAAGUCACUUUUACUGUAUGAAGCAGGAUGUAAACUGUAUUAUGUAAGAAGGUUGUUGUUCAGGUUCGGUGUGGUUCAAUUAUUUAUAGAUAUUUUGUUAUCGGUUGAAAAUAUUUGUUACCUUUACAUUUCAGAGAUUUUUUUUUUGGGUGUACUUCAGAGGACUUGUUCAUAUUUGUGAUAAUAUCUGUAUAUGACACUCUCUUCCGCCACUUGAUGUAAAAAUGAGAGAGAGAGAGGGAAGGACGGAGGAGGAUGAGCGAGAAUGAAAAGAAAAUAUGCAAAGUUGACAUGAAAAAAAGAAAGAGAGAGAUUUUGUUUAUAUUUGUACAUACUUGUUUGACUAAAAGUGAAGAAGCAGGCAUGAGGGAGAGGACAGAUUAAAGAAGCAUGUUUGUAUCUGCUGAAAUGACGUAUGGAGAAAAUUCAGUUAUAUAAUGAAUGAAAGCAUUCCAUACCUACCCAACACUUACACCGGUGUAUGUAGUGUAACUGAUAGGCCUUUCGCCAUCCCACUCAAGAGACAUGAGCUUGAGUCCCAUGUGGAGAGAAUUUGUAUUGAGCAUCUCUGUCUUCCUGCUAAGAUGUUGUAUCCCCUGUAGCUUGUGUUGGGGCCCUGAGAGGCAGAGUUGAAACCUGCCUAGAUAAGUCAUACUAAAUGAACUAAAUUGUGUCAAUGGGGACAUAAAACAUCCACAAUUUUAUUGAAAUUCGAAAAGCUUAGCAAAAACAACUACACUGUGUACAGCUGAAGGGUUUACACGAGGACACAAAGACAAGACUAGCUUAUACCUUCUCUGAAACAGUACUUGACUGCUAUUAGGGUUGUAUUAUGAUGUGCUUUAUAUAACAAAGCAGUUUUUGAUUAAAAUUAAAGACUAUUCUGAGCAAUUCCAUAGAUCUUUAUCAAAAUUAUUGAUAUAUUCUCGAUUAAUUUAAUGUUUUCACUCUGCAGAGAAAGCAUGUUGAUCAUUAUUGAAAUUUAUCUUUUUAUUGAAUAAUUGUUUCAGUGCAUGCAACUCUUUAGACUGAAUAUCACGAAACAGAGAUAAGUACUUGUACUUGUAUGAGAAGACACACGGCAGAUGUGUCCUGCUUUUUUAGACAAUGAUUAAAACCUGACUUGAUCUCAAAGACACUGGAAUGAUCACUCGGCUGUAUGUUUGGUCAUCGAAAUUGUUUGACAUAAUUUGUGGGCCUGAGCUUACUUCCUACACCUUUUGAAAAUUCCAUGACGGCAGAGAAAAAUGUGGUCCCACUCAAAUCCUGAAUGUGAGUGAGUGUGUUUGUGUGCUCAUAUGUGUGUAAUAUUUAUUUGUGAAGAGACAAUUCCAAUUUCCAGUGACUAACAGGGACUGUUUUUACGACAGUCUUUGCUUUUAUUGUCUUCUGUGGUCAGUUACAUUCCAAAUUUUUUCCAGGCCUUUUAUUAGCAGUUUUCUAUUAAUGCAGGUCCUGUAUUUUGUAAAGUGUCAGGUGUUGUUUUUGUAACAUGUUUUACCUGAAGGAAUAUCAAAAGGGAGUUCCGUGUAUCAAUCGUUUAAAUUUAAUAAAAAAGUGGAACUAUAGCCAAACAUGCAACCCUUUUCGAAGCACACCUGCAGACCACACACAGAUUUCUACAUUGUGAACAUAUUUUAGAUUUAUCUUUGUAAUGCAAAUUCAAAAGAAAAAAAAAAUUCAUUUUGUAAUUCGUUUUAUUCUCCUUUGUGCAGUGUUUAUUUUCUACCUUUACCUAGAUACCCAGGGGUUUCAUCUGCGGUUCAGAGUUUGAUGUGCAAUGACCCGCCAUUGCUUACAGUACUGUUACAGUCACUAUCUAUUACUACUUUGAACGUCCUGUGAACCACAUGCAGCUCAUUAACUUUGUAAACAGAAAACUUUUCUUUCAAAGUUUUAAAAGUCGAGUAGGUUUUUCAUGAGUCUGGUUAUGAUUUGAUUAUUCUUACGUGUUCAUAUCUACAGAUUAAGCACCACUUGUUGUAUCUAAUGAAAGUCAAAACCACACAUUUAAAUCGGAUAAACAAAAAAAAUUGCCUGCAAAAAGAGCUGAGGUGUCCGUCCUCUGGACAAAACACUAAUGAUUGAAUUGUGGCAAAUAAAUAUUUAGUUUUCAACUGUUGUAGUUUUUGUACAAUAUGUUUGAUGCUGCUGCAAACGGCAAGCAUAAAUGUUACCGUACCAUUUCAUUAAAAUUGUUGUUUUGUUUUUUAUACUUCGGUCAAACUGCUCCAUUACUUUGAAUUCGUGACUGCUACCAAAACAUUUGCAUACUCAUUUUAUGUUUUUAAAAUGGGGACAAUAUUAUUCAGAAAUGUUGCUCCUUCUUUCCAAUUAAAUCUAUCAUCCUAAUCUCUGCCUCCUUCUUUUCUUUGUAUGUAACUCUCUUGUAACAACUCAAAUCUUUGGCACUUAUUUUAUAUGACCUGUGCUGUAAAAGUCAUACUAAAGCUAAAAACUCAGUGCAGUGUGACACGUCCAGUCCAGACCAUGGUACAAGGCGAAGGGUUCAAGUUCAAGAAGAAAAAUGCUCUUUUUUAUGUGUAGGCCUACAUUGUACAUGAGAUAUGUAGAAGGAGUUUGUCUAUGCUGUUGAUAUGUCUGUAAUAAUAUUGUAUAGAACAUAACGCCCUAAUUACUUUAUAAUGAGAUGAUUCUUGCAAAAUAAAUUUGUAUAUAUAUGGUA